GGGAAGCAGUGACGUGAGGGUCCCCAUGGCCUCUGUCCCUGAUGACCCAGUUGUGAUUUGAUUUAUGUGGGCUCGCAGCUGCCCUUGCUCCGACCCCAGAGGAGCUGUGUGGGAAGUUCGUGUCUCGGAGCCGUAGUGUUGCUCUGCCGAGUGUCUGGAGCCGGGGCUGUGCACACAAACUGAUAAAUAGGGAAAGGCCUGCUUGCUCCAGCUGGAGCAGAGCUGCAUCAGCGCUGCAGCCCCACGGACUCUGCGCCGGGACAGAGCAGCUCCCUGCAGCCACCGUUGCUGUUUAAAGGCUGAUCCCCCAGCAGAGUGGAUGAAGCAGUGCAGCUGGGAGCAGAACAUGGCCAACACGUUUGUCACCGUCCCCGAYGGGUACGGCCUUCCCGAGCCCAUCCAGUACUACGAUGUUUUACCAGAGCACAUCAACUACCAGCUGCAGGACCCAGAUUUCCAGGCUGCCCCUUACUGCCAGUACUCAGCAGUCCCAGUUCCAKCUCUGCAGUCCCAGCCUGCUCCGUCCCCGUACGGUUCCUACAGCCUGGAGCCCCCGUACAGCGACGGGCCCUGCGUCGGCAGCAGCUGCGAGCUCAGCAAGGGCCCCUUCCUGGCUCCCCACGUGGAGGAUGGGGGGUACCAGGGGUUAAAGAGGCCCAGGUUGAACCACUCGGUGAGGCUGAAGGGGCAGGAGGAGCUGUGUGUGGUGUGUGGGGACAAAGCCUCGGGGUACCACUACAACGCRCUGACCUGCGAGGGCUGCAAAGGGUUUUUCCGGCGCAGCAUCACCAAGAACGCCGUGUACCGCUGCAAGAGCGGGGGGCACUGUGAGAUGGACAUGUACAUGAGGAGGAAGUGCCAGGAGUGUCGCCUCAAGAAGUGCAAAGCUGUGGGAAUGCUGGCAGAAUGUUUGCUGACUGAAGUCCAGUGCAAGUCGAAGCGACUCAGGAAGAAUUUCAAGGAGAAGAGCAGUUUCCUUUGUAACAUAAAGCUGGAAGAUGAGGGACUGAAUAGUAAGCAAGUAUCAUCUACAACAAGAUCUGGAAAAAUCCCAGAGAAGAUGGAACUCACUCCAGGGGAACAUCAGCUCCUUGACCACAUUGUAGCAGCACAYCAAAAAUACACAAUUCCCCUUGAGGAAGCCAAGAAGUUUCUACAAGAAACUGCAAGUCCUGAGGAGAGUUUUCUCCGUCUCUCUGAGACAGCUGUUGUGCAYGUCCAAGUGUUAGUGGAUUUCACAAAAAGACUUCCAGGGUUUGAGAGUUUAGCCAGUGAGGACCAGAUUGCUCUKCUGAAAGGGUCCACAGUGGAGGCGAUGUUCUUGAGAUCAGCCCAAAUUUACAACCAGAGAAUGAGCGAGUGUCAGCCAUCAACCAGUGAAAGUCAUGUAAGACUUUCUGAUCAUGGGACAUGUUGUCACAUUCAAAACCUUGAUAAAAGUAACAUUUAUUCCAUGGAAAUGUGUCAUAAUGAAGAGAGUCCAACUUCYACCACUACCACAGGCAUAACCGARGAGUUCAUCACUGCGCUGUUCUACUUCUACAGAACCAUGGGGGAACUCAAAGUGACCGAGACCGAAUACGCUCUGCUCGUAGCUACAACCGUGUUCUUUUCAGACCGCCCGCUGCUGAGGGACAAGCGCCAUGUGGAGGAGCUGCAGGAGCCGCUGCUGGGGAUCCUGUACAAGCACUCGAAGCUGCAGCACCCGCGGGACCCUCAGCGCUUCGCGCGGCUGCUCGGGCGCCUCACGGAGCUGCGCUCGCUCCGCCACUUCCACGCGGGGGCGCUGCGCGCGCGGCACCCGCGCCUGGCGGCGCCGCUGCGGGACCUGUGGGACCUCCACUAGGCGGCGCCAUCGCCGCCGGCCCGCGCGCCCAUUUCCCGCCUCGGGUGCGCGCCGUCGCUUCCCGCCCUUUUCGCUCACCCUCAGCGGCCGCCGUGAGGUGCCGGUGCCGGUGGUGGCGGCGAUGUCACCGUCGGUACCACUGUCGGUGCCGGUGUCAGUGUCGGUGCCGGUGUCAGUGUCGGUGCUCGUGUCAGUGUCGGUGCCACUCUCGGUGCCGGCGUCAGCAUGGAGCCCGAUUUCUAAAAAGAAAUUGGUGGUGU